UUUGCCGGUCGUGAUCACGAGAUCGAGAUCCGAUCGCUUCCCUCACCUGUGGUGCGUGUUCCGUGGUAGUAGUGGUGGUGCUGGUUGAUUGUGGUUUGCCUUUUUUCCAUCCCACGAAACCAUGAGUGAUUCGCAAAACGUUUCUCUGUUUUGAUGCUUGUGUACCGCUCGACACCGAUGGUUCCGGUGCUGCAGGCGAUCUUCGUCGGGAUCGUCUGGUUCGUUGCUAGCGUCGUUGUCGCCACUCAACCACUGUCCCGUUGUGAGGUAGCCCGGGAGCUAACACUCCAGCAUGUCCCGGAGGAGCAGAUAGGGGAUUGGUUGUGCAUCGCAGAGCACGGUUCCGGUUACAACCGAUCGGCUGCCAAUCUGCGCUUCAAGCGUUUCGGUGGCAGCGGUUACUAUGGACUGUUUCAGAUCAGCGAUCGAUACGCCUGCACUCGGUACGGUUCGAUCUGUGGUCUCGCUAAUUGUGACACCCUGCUAGACGACGAGCUGGACGAUGAUAUCGAGUGUAUGCUCAAGAUUCACGCUGCGUACGCUCGCGAGCUGGGAGAUGGGUUCGCUGCCUGGCCAAUCCACAAGACGGCCUGCCGGGGAGAGGACCACGCGUGGCGCAGAACCGUCCCCUACGCGGACUGUCUGAACGAGGAGGUAGUGCGGGUGCAGGCGUACUUCAAGCGUAAGCGUGCCAAGGGAAAGAAGGCAGCAGCUAACCUUGUCCUUGCGCCACCGACUGCCGGUAAGGUGUACGAGCGCUGCGAGCUGGCCUUGGAGCUGCGCGAUCGGCAUCGAAUGCCGAUGGAACAAAUAGCGACCUGGGUGUGCAUCGCGUAUCACGAGAGUCGCUUCAACACGUCCGCUGAGGGUAGAUUGAACGCAGACGGUAGUGGAGAUCAUGGACUGUUCCAGAUCAGCGAUAUCUACUGGUGUUCCACGGACACCGGGAAACCAGCGGCGAAAGCAUGCCGAGUCACUUGUGAAGCAAUGCGGGAUAGCGACAUCGAGGACGAUAUCCAGUGCAUUCGGAUGAUCUACGAAGAGCAUCAACGGCUUUCGGGUGAUGGAUUCACCGCCUGGACCGUAUAUCGACCGUAUUGUGCUGGCCGGGAGGAAAGUUUCAUCCACAAUUGCUUCACCGCUCAGGAGCAACAUCCCACAACGGCCUUGAGACCACGUCCUGGCAUUGUCGCUCCUGUGACCGCACCACCAACAAGAUCACGCACACCAGAACACAACGCCGUUGGCAAGGUGUACGAUCGGUGUGAGCUGGCCAACGAUCUCCUUCACAAGUUCCACUUCCCACGGGAACAAAUCGCGACCUGGGUGUGCAUCGCGUACCACGAGAGUCGGUUUAAUACGUCCGCCGAGGGCAGAUUGAAUGCGGACGGUAGUGGUGAUCAUGGGCUGUUCCAGAUCAGUGACAUUUACUGGUGUUCACCACCGGGUCAAGGAUGGGCUUGCGGUGUUUCCUGUGACGCACUGAAGGACUCCGACAUCACCGAUGAUGUGCGGUGUGUUCGGACGAUCUACGAUGAGCAUCAGCGGCUUUCGGGCGAUGGCUUCACUGCCUGGUCCGUCUACAAACCGUACUGCACGGACCCGGACCGUGCGGAGGAGUUUACAAGGGGCUGUUUCGGUGACGGAUCCCCGGCAACGCUGCUGCCUCGCCCGGCGAUUACGGCACCAUCGAUCGGACAGGGUGGACGAGACUCGCGGCUGCCCGGUGGUCGGGUGUUUGAACGCUGUGAGCUGGCGCAAGAGUUGCACCUGCGUCAAGGACUGCCACUCGAGGAAGCGGCUACCUGGUUGUGUAUUGCCAAGUACCAAUCGAACUACAACUCGUCUGCCAUCGGGUAUGGUUCCGAUGGUGUCCAGUAUCAUGGGAUGUUCCAGCUAAGUGAUGAGUACUGGUGUUCUCCACCGGGACGGGGGUGGGUUUGUGGUGUUACGUGCGAGCAGCUCCGUGAUGGUGAUCUGACGGAUGAUUUGGCCUGUAUGCGUCACAUUUUUGAGGAGCAUCAGCGCAUUUCGGGCGAUGGAUAUAAUGCUUGGGCCGUUUAUCAACCGUAUUGUAAGGGGCGAGCGGGUACGCUGCUCGAGGGUUGCUUUGAAGAAGGUGAAAACGCAAUCAUACCAACACCACCAACCACGCGACGGCCAAUGAAGGCUCCAAAGAAUGGGCCCAGGGGAAAGAUCUACCAGCGGUGUGAGUUGGCCCAGGAACUGUACUAUCGCCAUGGAAUGCCGUACGAUCAGAUCGCCACCUGGGUUUGCAUCGCGCACCGAGAAUCGAACUACAACGUUUCGGCGAUUGGUCGACUGAAUGCAGAUGGUAGCGAGGAUCAUGGACUGUUCCAGAUUAGUGACAUCUACUGGUGCUCACCACCGGGGAAAGGAUGGGUUUGUGGGCUGGCGUGCUCCGAUCUGGAGGAUAAUGAUCUGACGGAUGAUAUCGAGUGUAUGCGAACGAUCUACGAGGAGCAUACGCGACUGUCUGGCGAUGGUUUCAAUGCCUGGGCCGUCUAUCGACCGUACUGUAAGGGUCGUUCGGAUCACUACAUUGAAGGAUGCUUCCCGGAGACCACAACCACCGCCACCACCACCACCACCACCAUCGUCGAUGAGGAGCCACCACUGACCACCAGAAUCGCGACCGAUCGAACGACGAACCAACGUACCGUUACUACCACGGCAAGGUCAUGGACAAGUACUCCUUCCACAACGUCGCAACGACGCACAGCGCCGACUACAGCUCGAACACGAACCACCACCACUCGUUGGUGGACGAUCAGCACCAAAAUGCCGGAAAUGAGCACCCGAAAGCAAUCGGAAACGACAACGAUACCACCUACCACUACCACUGCUGCUGCUAGUAAGAUGGCCAAGUCGACUACGAGUUUGUACGAGUUCUAUCUUCAUCACUUUGGUCGGCGACCGACCAUCACCACUGCCAAGCCGGUGUACACCUUCAAACCAUUUGCCUCGCGUCUUCGAGCGGCGGAGAGCAGCACAAGUGCCACCGCCACGAACACCGCGACACUGCCACCACCAACAGCAUCGGCGACGACGACUACUCGCUAUCGAGAGGACUUUAAACGAUGGUUUCAGGGUGCGUAAGGAAAGGGGUUCCAUCCAAGGGUUUGUAUUCUUAAGGAAGGUUUCUAAUAAAAGUAUUAUCAAGUACUUCCUAUAACAACCAACUUUUUGCUCACGAUUUU